AGAUACGCCCCUUGAUCACGUCGAACAAUAUUUAACCGCAAGAUCCUUCCGCUCUCUCGACGAGUGAUAUGUAAAAGAGCCGUUUCCUUUCUUAUUGGCGUUAAAGUAAAUACCGUUGAGUAAACGGUGUCAAUCUCGUCGUGUUGUUGGUUUAUUUGCAUUAGAGAGAGAGAGAGAGAGAGAGAGAGAUGGUGCUGAAAUCCGAGGACGGGGUCGUGCCUGAUGACCUCACACCAGAGGAGCAGAAAGAGCUUGAAAACAUCCGGCGUCGAAAGCAAGAGCUGCUGGACGACAUUCAGCGUCUGAAGGAUGAGAUUGCUGAAGUCACAAGUGAGAUUGAGAAUCUGGGUUCAACAGAGGAGAGGAAAAACAUGCAGAGGAACAAACAAGUGGCCAUGGGCCGCAAGAAAUUCAACAUGGAUCCCAAGAAGGGAAUCCAGUUCCUCAUUGAAAAUGAUCUGCUGAAGAACACCCGCGAAGACAUCGCACGAUUCCUCUACAAGGGUGAAGGUCUUAACAAGACGGCUAUAGGAGAUUAUUUAGGAGAGAGAGAUGACUUCAACAUUCAAGUCCUUCAUGCGUUUGUGGAACUGCACGAGUUCACAGAUCUGAACUUGGUUCAGGCGCUCAGACAGUUUCUCUGGAGCUUCAGACUUCCUGGUGAAGCCCAAAAGAUCGACAGAAUGAUGGAGGCCUUCGCCCAGCGCUACUGUCAGUGUAACCCUGGAGUCUUCCAGUCCACUGACACAUGCUACAUCUUGUCCUUUGCCAUCAUCAUGUUGAACACCAGCCUUCACAAUCCAAAUGUUAAAGACAAGCCCACGGUGGAGCGUUUCAUCUCUAUGAACAGAGGCAUUAAUGAUGGAGGAGAUCUUCCAGAAGAACUUCUGAGGAACCUCUAUGAGAGCAUCAAGAACGAGCCCUUCAAAAUCCCUGAAGAUGAUGGCAAUGACUUGACUCACACGUUCUUCAACCCUGAUAGAGAAGGCUGGCUGCUCAAACUGGGAGGACGAGUUAAAACCUGGAAGAGACGAUGGUUCAUCCUCACUGAUAACUGUCUGUACUACUUUGAGUACACUACUGAUAAAGAACCGCGAGGCAUCAUUCCACUGGAAAACCUCAGCAUCCGUGAAGUCGAAGACAAGAAACCGAACUCCUUUGAGCUCUUCAUACCCCAUAAUAAAGAUCAGGUGAUCAAGGCUUGUAAGACGGAGGCAGACGGUCGAGUGGUUGAGGGAAAUCACACUUUCUACCGCAUCUCUGCUCCCACCACCGAGGAGAAAGACGAGUGGAUCAACAGCAUCAAGGCGGCGAUCAGCAGAGAUCCUUUCUAUGAGAUGCUGGCUGCCAGAAAGAAGAAGGUGUCAUCUAUGAAGAGACACUAGAGAACGUUUCUCAGGAUGCUGAUGAUGAUGAUGUGUGUGUAACUGCUGGUGAAGACAACUGAGCUGCAUGUCGUCUCAAUCCAUCAUCAUCAUAUACAGACAGACCGGAGAGAAAUCUUCACCAGGAUCGGUGUCUGUCCUCUCGCUCAGCUCAAGUGUGUGUGUGUGUGUGUGUGUGUGUGUGUGUGUGUGUGUGUGUGUGUGUGUGUGUCAAAGAGAACCUGAUGUUUCUCACACUUAACCAAAACUCUUCUGUCGUUUCUCUCUUGCACACUUUUAUUCGAAAUCAGCGGGUCUGACAGAAUGUGGAAAAGUUUCUAUUUGAAUGGGAGGAGGGCUCUGUAGGGAUGUAACAUUCACUGUGAGCCAGUUGAAAAUCCAUUAGAAUUAGACGAUUCAAGUGGGUUGAGAUGUAAAAUGAAUCGCGAUACAUGUUUUGACCCGCAGGGGCCGCUGUUUUUACUUUUGUUUCUUUUUUAAAAAUGGGAAAAAAUCCAAGUUAACCAGACUUAGUUUGUUUAUAUUAAAGAUACUUUUGUAUUAUUCGUUUUUUUAUUUGAUUUGGAAUUCGUUUUAAAAUUGCAAUUUAGUUUUACUUGGCGUAAAAUUUUAUUUUACAAAGAAAUGUGCAGCAUUUGAGAAAUAACAAAAGGGCAGUUUCAUUUCUAAUUUGUCUCAACUCAUUUUGUAAAAAAAAUUGUAUAGUGAUAUCAGUAUCAUGAAUGACAUCGCAUUGUGAGCUCAGUGAAUCAACAUCCUAGUGCUCUGGCAAUAAGUGUAUUUCGACAUGUUUGUUGUGCAUAAGUGACCUCGGAGGUAGACGUGUGUAUUUAACUGUUAAAGCAUUCGUUUUGUUUGGCAUUUGCGUGGGGAUUAAGGGUGGAAUGUUUUCUCAGCUUCAGCAGUCUUUGUGUUUUUAUUGUCAGGUCAGGUGUGUUGUGAUCAGAUGAACGUGCAUGCGUGAUGCUUCUUCCUCUCGGUACACACACAUGAAAACACAGUAAUGUUGUGAGAUUCAUUCAUGCUUGUCAUGAAACAAAUAAAUGUGCCUAACAACGUUUGUUUAAUUAUGAUUGCAUCUAGCCCUCGGUUUGUCUCAUCUCACACUUUUAUUCUUUCAUCUGUUCUUGGGUUUCUCUCAGUCUGGGCGUUUGCUUCUUUAAGCAAAUGAUUAUAUUGAAUCAGUAUUGGAUUAAUUUAUGUAAGAUGUACAUAUGUUAGUGUAUAGAGAAUAUUGCUUUCCAUUUUAUAAAUGUGUGUACGUAGCAGCAUUGUAUUAGCUUAGUGACAUUUUCUUUCCUUUUCUAUUUUCAUUUAUUCUCAUUUGGAAUGCUGACACCAUUGGGGUGGUGGCGAGACCUUGCUGAAAUAAAAAUAUGAAAUCCUU